UUUUGCUUAGAUCAGUUAUGCCCUUACCAACGUCCAGAUGACUAUUGAAAAGCCAGUUCCAUAGUACAGCUGCUUAACAAACCUGAUUUGAUUCUUCCUACCAUACUGGCUGAGCAGCAGACCUAUUUAGUUUAUGAGUGGCUUCCUGUUGACCCAUCUUCUCAAGGUCUCCACAUGUAUUGGUGGUAUGGGAGCAUCAGUCUGUUUCGUUUUCAAAUUCCAGAGGAUACCUUCCAGGCAAACAUUAGCUUGGAUUUCAUCUUUGCCAAUAAACAGUACUGCAGUGAUGUGACCAUACUCUUACAUUGCAGAGCUGGUGCACUUCCAGUUAUUGAUCUCAAGGAUGUUUCUUCUUCUGCUGAAUUUACAUCUCUAACUCAAACUAUAGUGGCUUAUAAUGGGUCCAGAUUUUGCUGUCUUACUCUUGACAAUCCUGCAGAGGAGCACUGGUUUGUGGCAGCAUACAUUCCACCUGGAAAUUUCAACAUCAAAGCAGAGUGCUCAAGUACUCCAUGCUAUAAUGUGCUACCACAAGUGAGGAUUGCUAAGCGGAAACAUGCACAAAUUUUGAACUUUAACACCACCUUGGUGCAGAGUGUGCAUGCACCCAACACGGCAGCUUAUUUAAAAUUGUUCAUUCCUGAAAAUACAAAAGAUGUGACCUUCCAGGUCAUAAACUGCGCGUCAGAAGCCUGGACUACUAAAGACUGCCCCAUAUUACUUACUGUAGGAUCAACAACUCAUCGUCCAGAUUCUGUGACGAAGCAAAACUGUUUAGGAAGCUCCUUUUGUGUGGUGAGACUCCACCAUCCACCCUGGAAUAAAUGGGUGCCAAUUUCACUGAAUGGCCUGAUUGCUUAUAUGGUCUCUCUUCAUAUUCUAGCCACUCACACAGCCUAUACUCCAGAAAGCCAACGGGGCUUGCAGCCCAUGAUGUCUGCAGAUAGAAACAACAUGUUCUUGUGGGCCAAGUCUGUGGACUCCAUCCUUUGUCCACAUAGUCCCCUUGUCACACCCCAGCAAGCAGAAGUAAAUCUUCCAAGCUUCUUCAGUGAGCCUGUUAGCAGAAAAGACAUCACACUUCUUUCUGUGAGAUAUACACUGCUGAACGGGCCUUUGGUGAAUGUCUUCCCACGCCUGCCAUCUAUGAUUUCGUUCGAUGUAAAUGAUACAUUGGAUGUUGGUGGCACUCUCAUUAUAGACUUGGAGCUGAGUAAGCCUUCAUUUUUGAACAAGCAUGCUUUGGUGUUUACCUGUUUCUGUGCUCUGUCUCCUGUACUGAUCCUGGAAGAACAAAACUGCAGGACAGCGUUUUUCAGUGGACACUCCGUCCAAAUGACCUCGAUUGCACCUGUGGGAAAGAUUCAAGUACAAUACCCUGAACCUGGAAGAUGGUACCUCACCAUGCAAAUCUUGUGUCCUAGCAACAUAUGCGAUUGCGACGAUACAGUUGCCAAGGUGAAUGUCUCAGCCCGCAUUGCCUGCUGCUCUGACAAAUGUGCGGCCAGUGGAAAAUAUGGCAUUCGGGAGGAGAAAGGCUAUUAUUAUGGAGCUUGUCUGUGGGAGAAUGUUACAGCUCCAUGGUUGUGUCUUGACACAAGCAAUUCAACCUAUUUACAUGACUUGAAAGCAGUCCUUUUGCUAACCAUAAGCAAUGGAAUCUUCAUCCCUGCUAUUAUACUGGCAGCACGGAGAGGUCACUUCACAGAGUCCAUCAUCUAUGUCUUCACCAUGGUCUUCUCCGCACUGUAUCACGCAUGUGAUAUGGAUAGAAUGGUCAGAAUGUGUGUGACUGACCGCAGAGUGCUACAGUAUGGUGAUUUCUUGGCCUCCACUAUCUCCAUCUGGUCAACACUUAUCUGCAUGGCCAGACUGAAGUAUCAGCUCAGAUGUGCAAUGUUAGUGAUUGGCUGCAUGUCUGUCAGUAUUUCAUUACAAUAUAAUUUGCUUGGUCGUUGGAAUAUCAUCAUCCCAUGCAUUUUUGCAUUCGCAAUUAUGGUGGUCUCUUGGGUGAGACGUGGAGUUUUACGAAGGCAAUGCUACCCAGUGACUUGGAAGCGCUGGGUCUUUUAUCUGCUGCCUGGUACAGUAAUGGCUACACUUGCCUUAGUGGUGUUUUUAUUGUUGAUAACCAGAGAGAACUAUUUGUACACACACACCAUCUGGCACAUCCUGUGUGGCAUCACUAUACUUUUUUUGCUUCCACCCAGUCCAGCAGAAGAGGUGCAAGUCCAGCAGAAGAAGUAUGGAGGAGAAAUAACGCUUAUCUUUUGUUCCAAUCCUCCCUGUAGAAAUUUGAAAGACUUUGUUCGAAAAUGAUUACAAGACAUUUUCACUAUCUUGAUUGCUGUUGCCUGUAUUAAUGGUGUGGCCAUGAAGGAUCACAUCGGUGCUGCUUUCAGACUUGAACAAAUUGGAGGAAGAGCUGUGAACUCGGAUGGUGCUCCAGCUUGGAAUACAGUUUCUAGUUUCUCUCAAAAUAUGGCAUAAUUCUUCAGCCCAAGCAGUUUUUGUAAACUGCACUUGAAGUUUACUUUCAAUACAGGUGUAUCAUUGAGCAGAUGAUAGACAGGACCAUUGGAGGACAUAAAAAGAGUAUUUUUGGAUGAGAUAUCAGGGCAGCUUAACUAUAAGCUAAACAAAUGAGCCUGAUGAACUGACUAGUCUCAUCUCAUUUGUCAAAUUUCAUGAAUUUCAUGUUGAGCAUGACUUGUGUAAACUGGAUUUUAUUUUGUCCCUUAUAACACCAUUUCAUUACAUGCAUGGAAUGUUACAGGACAUAAUUAGCCAAAAAACAACAAUUGGCUUGAGUUUAUUUUUUAUUACUGCACUUUCACUCUCUGAAGCUAAGUUGCUGCCAUCUAAGUUUGUUCAGAUGGACUGAUGAAGGCAUGCUGCCAUCACACUUUGUAUACAGUACAGUUUCCAUCAAGGUUGAUUCAUUUCAGUUCUAGCAAUUGGGCCAAGUGCAUUGACCUUUGCAUUAAGGAGAGGAAGCAUGAAAGGGAAUUACAUUUCUGCAUUUGUCACCAAUCAUUUUUACCCACAGGCACAAGUGACGCCAUUGACUAUUUUGCUAAUGUUAAACAGAUUAAAGUUGAGACUCUGAACUGACUAAACAUAUUAACUAGCCAUGCCACUGAUUCCCAUAUAUCCUAAGUAUGUUUUAUCUCCAUCAAAUCUGCUUCUAAGCCAGGGAUUACAGAUUUUCAAGGACUUUCUUUGGCUGCUAAAGUGGAUUGCACUUCUGGCAGCUGUGACGUCUUUGGGCCGCCAGCCAUAUUUUUGAAUGUUUUUUUUUUCUUCUAAUCAAGCUAUUGACAAAAGAGGACCUUAUGAAUGAUGUAACUUCCAGAUUAAUGUGUGGAAGCUCAUGUAUUUUCUAAUAAAUUCACAUUUAAUAGUCA